UAAGACCUCCCCCUUCCUCUCGGCGGCACUAAUCACCCCCCAUACCGAAACGCGCAUCAUAGCUGCUGAUGCGGAAUUUCCCCCUUUUUUUAUGCCGUUUAAAAGCCCCGCACUGAAGCCCCCGCACCGAGGCAGCGUUGAUCUCAACGAUGUAGCGUCCUGUGCAGGCGAAAGGACAAUAAGAGAGGGCAGGAGUUGCAUGUGUUGUCAAUGGGAAACCUGGUGGGCAGCUGGCGUUUCAAGGAGCCGAGCACCGUUGAGGAAUGCGACUCGACGUGGGGAUCGGACUCGGAGAGCGAUGAGCCGACGGCUGAAGACGACAGCGGCAUGUCCGACUCCGUCAGCCCGGCGGAGAGCGAGCGGGCCGCGGGACACAGCGGGGACGCUGCCCUGCAGCUGACUGACUCCCCAGAGUCUGCUCCGAAGAUGAAGAGGAGUUUUUACGCCGCCAGGGAUCUCUACAAAUACCGUCACAGCUACCCGAACUUUAGAAAGUCCCGGCAGCCCAACGAAUAUCGGAACCUGCGCUUCUACAUGAACAAGAUCCCCCUGGUGCCCGAUGGUAUUUACAUCGAGGAGAUUCUUUCAAAGUGGAGAGGCGACUACGACAAACUGGAGCACAAUCACACCUACAUUCAGUGGCUGUUCCCAUUAAGAGAACAAGGGCUCAACUUCUACGCACAUGAACUGACUCAGGAGGAGAUCAAAGAAUUCCAAAGCACUCGGGAAGCAAAGCGGAGGUUCCUGGCGGCCUAUUCCAUGAUGCUGGAUUUUUAUGGCGUCAAACUGCUAGAUAAAAGCGGCAACGUCGCUCGGGCCCCCAACUGGCAGGAACGCUUCCAGCACCUUAAUGAAUCCCACCACAACUACCUGAGGAUCACCCGCAUCCUGAAGUCCCUCGGUGAGCUCGGCUACGAGGCGUUCAAGGCCCCGCUGGUUCGCCUCUUCCUGGAGGAGUCGCUGUGCAGCAGCACGCUUCCCAACAUGCAGCACAGCGUGCUGGAGUACUUCGUCUACACCAUCCGCCUGCCGGCCACGCGGCGACGCCUGCUUCGGUUCGCUCGCAAGCACUACAGGCCCGCCCACGCCUUCCUCUGGGGGCCGCCGUCUAAGAAGGGAGCCUGCAGCAGCAGCGGCGGUGGUGGCGUUGGCGGCGGGAGCAGCGGGAUCAGAGCUCCUGCUCCCACACCGGAGCACCACAGGAGGGGGGAGGAGAACACAGCAAGUAGCCGGAUCAAUGUGUCUUCCCAUGAUGCCAUAAUGUGCCAGGACCUGGUAGGAGGAGGGAUUAAGGGCUUCCCGGACCUCGGUUCUUAUGAGGCCGGGUUGCCAGGGCAGCUGAUGCUCGUUAGCGGGAGAAGAGAGAGGAGUGAGUUCAGCUAGGCUUCUUCCUUCUGAGAGGAAACUGCAAAAACUCAAAAUAUUACCUGGUUUCUAGUGAAAAUAUCAGGGGUGCACCGAUUGCAGUUUUCUGGCCGAUCGCCGAUUACAGAUCUUUUAAAAGGCCUACCCUGCCGAUUUCUAUUUUGACCGAUAAUUUGUUUUGUCUGAAAUGUCGCUAAAUAUAGCAAGAGGGAAAGUCACAGCGUUAGUAACAGUGGGGUGAUUAUUGUGAACAUGCAGACAUGACCUGGUGGGCCGGUCUGUCAGUCAAAGAUGUUUAGACUUUUGCCAAGCUAGAUGAGAUUUGGUGGAUGAGAUCGGCUUCACAUGUGAAAAUCAGCCGAUCAAUGAUCUCCCAAAAUUAAGGAAAUCAAAACCAAUAAAUUGGUGCUCCCCUAGAAAGUAUCUUGCUAAUGUGAAAUAAGACAAAACUCAACUUUUCAGCUGGAUGUAUGAGUUUGUUUUAAGUAAAUGUUAUUUAUUUAAAGG